AUGAAGAGGAUGUAAAGCAAAGAAGACAUCAUCAAGGAUUAAUAUAUGAAGACUCUGACUUGCUUCUUGCAAGAUAGCACUCUUUAUGAUAGCUUAUCUAUUAAUAAUCAAGUGACUGUGAUUGAUCAGUCAUUCUCUCUCUUUGAUGUUUUUAAUGUGUUUAUCGAGACGCAUAUUGAUGAAGUAUUGUUUUGGAAUCCAGAUGUAGCUUAUUAUGAUGGAGUAUUCACUCAAACGGAUUUGAUACGAAUCAUCCUAAAAUGCUAUCAAAACAUUCUGAAUGGGGUUCCCAAUGUGUGGGGAAAUAGCAAAAUCUAGGUGCAACCAAUCAUGGAGGAGGAAGACGAGGAUCGCAACACUCCUGUGAACGAAAAGCAAUUGAUAGGGUAGGAACAGAUAAACAAAUUGCUGAUCGAUUUGCGGACGAUCUCAGUGAGGGACUGGUUCAAUUCUUAUGGAGAAAGUCUUCAUCAAAGCAGUCUGGUUUAGGCAGACAUGGCUGAUAAUCUUAAUGAUGCAAUGAAGAAGAUACUAAAGUAGGGAGUAACAAGAAUUGUAGUUAUUGAUACUGAAUCUAGAAUCAUCGUGGGCAUCCUCUAACAAAGGGAUAUUUUAGCAUUUCUUGUCAAAGGGUUUAGUCAAUAUUUCCACUUAUAAUUAUCACAAAAAUCACAGAGAGUCGAAGUGCCUCAGGAAAAAAAUCCGCAAUCAGAACAGCACGAACUAGAAAUCAGUUACUUUAGCGAUAGGAUUUUGCAGCUGAAUGAAAAACUCCCUUGCGACACCAAUGUCUACGAUGUCUUCUAUAAAUUGAUCUAUGUAUAUAAGCGCAAUGCCAUUCCCAUUGUCGACCACAACAACAAGUACCUAGGAUUGAUAGACCGAAGAGACUUCUUGUUUAUUCUCAAAUAUCAAGUCUAUGACAUGUUGAAUAGACCUGCCAUCGACUUGCUCAACUUUAUCAAAAUAGAGAAAAGAAAGUUUGCAGGCUUUUGCAUAUGCAACAAAGAACUAUUCCACAUGAAACAAACAUUAAAAGAAGUAUCAGCUAAUUCUAAUUAGGUUGUUGAAAAUCUAUUACUCUCCUCCAGAGGUAGUCUAGUUUGCUUGAAUGAAAACCAAGAGCCAAUCGCUACAUUGCAAAUGUCUGAUCUCUUCAAAAUUUGUCUAGAUGAUAUCGAAUUAGAAUGA